GAUGGGAGCCCGAGAGAGAACGUCCCGUUUGUCAACAACGUCGAGAUGGAGAGAGAGAGUUUCUUUGAAGGGAAGAACAUGGCACUUUUCGAGGAGGAGAUGGACAGCAACCCCAUGGUGUCCUCGCUGCUCAACAAUCUGGCCAACUACACCAACCUGACCCAGGGCGUGGUGGAGCACGAGCAGGCGGAGGACAGCCGGCGCCGCGCCGCCCAGACCCCGCGCAUGGGCACGUUCAUCGGCGUCUACCUGCCCUGCCUGCAGAACAUCCUGGGUGUGAUCCUCUUCCUGCGCCUGACCUGGAUCGUGGGCGCUGCUGGCAUCCUGGAGUCCUUCCUCAUCGUGGCCGUGUGCUGCUCCUGCACGCUGCUGACCGCCAUUUCCAUGAGCGCAAUUGCUACCAAUGGAGUGGUGCCAGCCGGCGGCUCCUACUACAUGAUUUCCCGGGCGCUGGGGCCUGAAUUUGGAGGCGCCGUCGGCCUCUGCUUCUACCUGGGCACGACCUUCGCGGGGGCCAUGUACAUUCUGGGGACCAUCGAGAUUUUCUUGACCUACAUCUCGCCCGGCGCGGCCAUCUUCGAGGCGGAGGCGGCAGCCGGCGAGGCGACGGCCAUGCUGCACAACAUGCGCGUGUACGGCACCUGCACGCUGGCGCUCAUGGCCGUGGUGGUCUUCGUGGGCGUCAAGUACGUGAACAAGCUGGCCCUGGUGUUCCUGGCCUGCGUGGUGCUGUCCAUCAUGGCCAUCUACGCCGGCGUCAUCAAGACGGCUUUCGACCCCCCGGACAUCCCGGUCUGCCUCCUGGGGAACCGCACCCUCUCGUGGCGCGGCUUCGACAUCUGUGCCAAGGUGCACGGGGACAGCAACCGCACGGCCACCACCGCGCUCUGGGGCCUCUUCUGCAACGGCUCCCAGCCCAGCGCCACCUGCGACGAGUACUUUGCCCAGAACAAUGUCACCGAGCUGCAGGCCAUCCCUGGCGUGGCCAGCGGCGUCUUCCUGGAAAACGUGUGGAGUGCGUACGCGGACAAGGGGGCGUACGUGGAGAAGAAGGGUGUCCCCGCGGUGUCCGCGCCUGAGGAGAGCCGCGAUAGCCGGCUGCCCUACGUGCUCUCGGACAUCACCACCUACCUGACCCUGCUGGUCGGCAUCUACUUCCCCUCCGUGACGGGCAUCAUGGCGGGCUCGAACCGCUCCGGGGACCUCAAGGACGCCCAGAAGUCCAUCCCCACAGGGACCAUCUUGGCCAUAGUGACCACAUCCUUCAUUUAUCUCUCCUGCAUUGUGCUUUUCGGGGCCUGCAUCGAAGGCGUGGUCUUACGAGAUAAGUUCGGGGAGGCGCUGCAGGGGAACCUGGUCAUCGGCAUGCUGGCCUGGCCCUCGCCCUGGGUCAUCGUCAUCGGCUCCUUCUUCUCCACCUGCGGCGCUGGCCUGCAAAGCCUCACGGGGGCGCCCCGCCUGCUGCAGGCCAUCGCCCGCGACGGCAUCGUCCCCUUCCUCCAGGUGUUCGGCCACGGGAAGGCCAACGGGGAGCCCACCUGGGCCCUGCUGCUCACGGCCCUCAUCUGCGAGAUGGGCGUCCUCAUCGCCUCCCUGGACAGCGUGGCCCCGAUCCUGUCCAUGUUCUUCCUCAUGUGCUACAUGUUCGUGAACCUGGCCUGCGCCGUGCAGACCCUGCUGCGCACUCCCAACUGGCGCCCGCGCUUCAAGUACUACCACUGGACGCUGUCCUUCCUGGGCAUGAGCCUGUGCCUGGCGCUGAUGUUCGUCUGCUCCUGGUACUACGCGCUGUUCGCCAUGCUCGUCGCCGGCUGCAUCUACAAGUACAUCGAGUACCGCGGGGCUGAGAAGGAGUGGGGUGACGGCAUCCGGGGCCUGUCGCUGAACGCCGCCCGCUAUGCCCUGCUGCGCGUGGAGCACGGGCCCCCCCACACCAAGAACUGGAGGCCGCAGGUGCUGGUGCUGCUGAACCUGGACGCCGAGCAGCGUGUGAAGCACCCACGCCUGCUGUCCUUCACAUCGCAGCUGAAGGCCGGCAAGGGCCUGACCAUCGUGGGCUCGGUGCUGGAGGGGACCUACCUGGACAAGCACGCAGAGGCGCAGCGGGCGGAGGAGAACAUCCGGUCUCUGAUGGGCGUGGAGAAGACCAAAGGCUUCUCCCAGCUGGUCGUCUCCUCCAACCUGCGGGACGGCACGUCCCACCUGAUCCAGUCGGCCGGCCUGGGGGCCAUGAAGCACAACACGGUGCUCAUGGCCUGGCCGGAGUCCUGGAAGCAGGAGGACAACCCUUUCUCUUGGAAGAACUUCGUGGACACCGUCCGUGACACCACCGCGGCGCAUCAGGCCCUGCUGGUGGCCAAAAACGUGGACUUGUUUCCGCAAAACCAGGAGCGCUUCGGCGGCGGGAACAUCGACGUGUGGUGGAUCGUGCACGACGGCGGCAUGCUCAUGCUGCUGCCCUUCCUGCUGCGGCAGCACAAGGUGUGGCGGAAGUGCCGGAUGCGCAUCUUCACGGUGGCGCAGGUGGACGACAACAGCAUCCAGAUGAAGAGGGACCUGCAGACGCUCCUGUACCACCUGCGCAUCAGCGCCGAAGUGGAGGUGGUGGAGAUGGUUGAAAACGACAUCUCCGCGUUCACCUACGAGAAGACGCUGAUGAUGGAGCAGCGGUCGCAGAUGCUGAAGCAGAUGCAGCUGUCCAAGACCGAGCGCGAGAGAGAGGCCCAGCUAAUCCACGACAGGAACACCGCGUCUCAUGCCGCCGCGGCCGCCAGGACCCAGGCCCCGUCCACGCCAGACAAGGUGCAGAUGACCUGGACGAGGGAGAAGCUCAUCGCCGAGAGGCACAAGCACAGAGACGCCAGCGUGUCUGGAUUCAAAGACCUCUUCACCCUGAAGCCGGACCAGUCCAACGUCAGACGCAUGCACACGGCCGUGAAGCUCAACGACGUCGUCCUCGCCAGGUCCCAGGACGCCCAGCUGGUCCUGCUGAACAUGCCGGGGCCCCCCAGGAACCGGCAAGGCGACGAGAACUACAUGGAGUUCCUCGAGGUCCUGACCGAGGGGCUGAACAGGGUCCUGCUGGUCCGCGGCGGCGGCCGCGAGGUGAUCACCAUCUACUCCUAACGCUGGACGGGUCAGGCGCCGGACGCACAGCCAGCGACACCGGCCUGACCGGCCCCUCGGGCCUCCCCCGGAAGUUUCUAGACCUGUCACCUGGGGUUUCCCGUCCCAGGCAGCCCCGCAGGACAGGCUGAGAGAGGGCGUGACCGGAAGGUCCCUCACAUUGGCUCACGCUGUCCCUCGGGUGACGAAGGCAACGCCAGCCGAGGCCGCGGCUCCGUGCAGCUUUCUCCAUCCAUCCGCCUCCUGCUCUGCCCCUCGCGUGUGUCUGCGAGUCGAGGCCGUGAGCUGAAGGACCCCGUCCACGCUUGCAUCCCUGGCUUGGCCGGCGGCCUGGCUCGUCGACAGGUCCACGUCGGGCCGUGGCCUUUAGGAGAAGGAGCCCAGCUCUCCGGGACACAGCGGGUCGCCUGUCGCUGGGCGUGUUCCGUUCCCGGCUCGUGCCCUGGCAGGAGCCCCACUGUGUGCGUGUCUGCUCCGCGCCCCAUGGAAAUCCAGCCGCCUCUUCCUAAGCACUGACGGGGCCCUGCGCAGGUAACUGCCGGACACAGGAUGCGGCGACGCACAGUCAGUGCCGAGCGUCCUCCACGCGAGCCUUUCGGAGCCACGCGCGGGAUGUGCUGUUCCCGCCCCUCUGCCUGGGGAGGGGGACGGCAGGUCCUGCGGCAUCUGUGUGGCCGAGCCCCCAGGUCCCUGCCCUGGGCGUGUGCCUGCAUGGAGGCGCUGGCGCUGUUUGCACUUUGCCUCGAUCAGCUUUGUGGGUCACGACGGCGUCCCCGCUGCAGGUCAUGGCAGUGAUCUGGGCUCCUCUCCCUGCGGCAUAUUUAUUUAUUUGAACACUUGGAGGGGCUUUCGCAGUGACCCGUUGUCCACAAAGACAUUGCUUCUGUAGUUAGGGACGAGGCCCCCCCCCCUCCCCGCGCAGACCUGAGGUCAGGACAGAGACCAGCUCGUGUGCCCAGAGCGCUGGCGUCACGGCAGAGGGACCCCUGACCAGAGCAGGUCCCAGGUGGCAGCCAGAGCCACAUCCGUCUGGGCGGGGCCUGUGCGUGACCCCGAGGGCCCAGCCCGGGGAGGGCGUAGCGUCCGUACUGGCUGUGCGUGGUGAUAGCUGGGGACAGCCACUGUGACCAGAGGCUCCUGCCGGGGGGCGGAGCCCCUUGACGUGCACUGUGGGGUUGGCGUGUGCAGCCGUGUCCGCGCCGGCCCCUCCCUCCACGGCAAACUCCACGCGACCCGUGACUGUGAUCAAUGUCAUGGUUCCCUUUUACAGAUUCUUUGUCUGGUUUUGUCAGUAGAAGAAUAAAGACCUGUGAG